UUCCGCCCCAUUAUUCUUCAAACAGAUUUGUUUAUUUGUAGACGCAAUGGGGCAAGGCAAAAGCACAGAUUUUCGUGGAGAGCCCAAAUUCACUCUAACCAACCACAGUGAUGCAGUUCUAGGCUGUGCAUUCUCUCCCGACGACAAACUGCUGAUAUCUGGUUCUGAGGACGGAGUCAUCAUAAUCUGGUCAGUAAAAACGGGCAAACAGAUCAAAGGCUUAAACGCCCACCAAGCAGCAGUGACUGCAGUUUCUUUUUCACCGAGUGGCAGCCAGUUUGUUUCCUCAUCACUCGACUGUAAAGUGAUCCUGUGGCAUCUCGAUAGUUACAAGCCUUUGUUGAAUCUUACUGGUCAUUCCGAUGGAGUCACAGACUGUCGAGUGUCUCCAGAUAACAAGACAAUUGCAUCGUCAUCCAAUGACAAGACAGUUCGAUUGUGGGACUUGGACAAGAAAGGGAAGAGUAAAUCUCUGGUAGCUCACAAGGGUCCAGUCUUGUCUGUCGACUUCUCUCCCGACAAUCUGCUCAUUGCAUCGUGUUCUACAGACAAAUGCGUUUGGCUGUGGAACAGAUCUUCAGGUAAAGCAACACACAAGCUGAGCGACCCCUUCGGAGGGAUAAAGUUUUGCAGAUUCUCGCCUGACAGCAGCAGGCUGGCAACUGCCUCAGACAACACCAUGCGAGUGUGGAAUGUGAUGGUAGGAGAAGUGACGAAUCACAUGAAAGAUCAGCACGAAGGACCCAUUCAGUGCAGUUCAUUCUCUCCUGAUGGGCAAAUGAUAGCAGCUGGUUCUGGCGACAAGACCAUCUCAAUAUGGAACACAUACAUGACAGAAAGCAAACCACUGGUCAUACUGAGCGGCCAUAAAAAUUGGAUACAAAGCUGCAGUUUCAGUCACAAUGGCAAGAUGUUAGCAACAGCAUCGAGUGACAAGACAGUCAUCAUAUGGCAUUGAUCACAGACUUGCACAAGUAAGUCAUUUUUUGAAAUGUACCCUGAAAAUGGGUUCAUUUUCACACUACUGCUCUCAAAUAUAUUGUAGCCAUAGCGCAUGCGCGCCUAAGGUUGAUAUGAGACUUUAGUUUGCUGACUGUGUAACAUGCGUAAACAACUUUCUGAUUAAGCUAUUUCAACGACCUGUAUACCUCUGUCUAUGCAUCAUGAAUGGCAAUAAUGUACAAUGACAAUUGAA